AUGUUGCGGAUACGUUACCCAUUUGCUGGCGCAUUUGCUCUCCUCUGUCUCGUCGGCGCCUACAUCGGUCUUCUCCCACACAACAAUGGCCCCUCACAAGCUGGCAACAGCAAAAGCCCCAAAAAGUCCCACUCACACACUGUCCCUUCCCUCAGCCCCAACGAUAAACUUUUACACCUGGUCACCUUCUUUCUCCUCUCCGUCACCUUUUACUGGGUCCUAGAUACUACCCGUCGACGCACCGUCCACCUAACCAUCAUAGUAUGCACCAUGGCCCUCGGAAUAGGCUCAGAGAUCCUCCAAGCACUGCUCCCCAACGACCGCUCCUUCGACCCCGUCGAUGUGCUUUCAAACAUCGCCGGCAGCCUAACUGCCGUCGGUCUAUGUAACUGGUACCAUAAGCGGAUGCUCGAGCGCCGGCGCAAGGCCCGCUUUGGGGCAGUGGUGGAGGGGGUAGGGGAUGACGUUGAACUGGGAGGUAUCCGUUCAUCGUCAACGAGCGGGAAUCAUGGAGGGCUAGGCUCGCAGGAAACGGGGGUCACUCCGGUGCGGGCAUUAGAGCAGGAAGUGGACAAUUGGGAUGAAAAUGCAGUGGAUAAUUGGGAGGAGGGCGAUGAUGAUAUACAGACGGUCACCGCUUGUGGGGAUGGCGAUGUUGAAGAGGUUCGGAAGAUACAGCCUGAUUGA